AUUCACAAAACUGAUUGCACAAUGGAUUAAAAUGGCUUCCUGUGGUCUGAUGUGCUACUUCCUAAUUCACCUAUUUUAUGAGUGUCGUCGCUUUUCUCACACUCGCUGUAAUGGAGUUGAUCGUUUUCAUAGUGAUUCAGCUCCUGAUGGAGGUUCAGUCCUACACAUCUCCUACUGUAAAAAUAUCUCCAGAUGUCAUAAGAGAGUCCAGCUCAGUGAAGAUCAGCUGUGAGACGCCAGCAGAUGUUACAGUGAAUCAGUGUUAUUUCUACACAAACAGUGAGGAGAAGAAUGUAAAAACCAGUUGGAGAUGUGAGCUGGAUCUCACUGGUGCUGAAGUGUUCAGAUGGGCAGCUGUAACAUCACCUGGAUCACUCGACAUUUACUGUUACUACACAAUACAGGGGAUUGAUAAACCAUCACGUCAUUCUCCUCCUGCCACAGUGAUGGUUCUAGCUGUAACUGUAAUGUCCACUUCUGAAACCCUAACAUACACUACAACUGACCUCCAUUCCAAGACAAACCUGUCAACAAGUACAACAAAAGAAACGAUGAUUUCCAUUACAAACUCCACUUUGCCUGGUAACAGUAGAAUAUCAGAACAUACAACAAUGGCUGUCACUUUCACAACAGCAUCCCCCAGAACAGCUGUUUCUAGUGUUCACACUUCAAUGACUCAUCCUACAGAUCCACAAACAGGCACAUGGUUUUUAGUGCUGGUUUCCACUGGUGUUGCUGUAUUCUUGUCUGUACUCACAGGACUCAUCUGUCUGUGCCGGUUUGCAAGUCAAAAAAGAAGAAAACUAUCAAUAAAAAUGGAAGUGCCCAGUCAAGGAAUUAGUAUGAGUGGUUCUGGAUCUGCAGAGAUAUAUUCCCUGAUCACUUCUGUACCAGAAACAUCUCAGCCCAUAUCUGGAGGCCUCGAACACCCAGAGUCAAAUCAGGAGAGCACAGCAGAUCCCACAGACACUCACUCUUUCAUUAUGUAUGUAAAUUCAGUUUACCAGCCAUCAGAUGUUUUGGUCAAUAAACAACAGAAACAGGGAAAUCCAGAGGAAAAUGAGAAUGUUUAUCACCUGUACUCCAUGAUCCCUGACAAACCAGUUCACUCAAACGCAGAAGAUCACGUGUACAGUUUGGUGAAGAUGCACUGAUGAAUCUCAUGUCUGUGUUCAUUAUGUAUAGCGACUAUAAAUAAAGUGUAUUUACUUUCAGACAAAAACAGUAGGUGUUUAUUUUUUUAUUAUUCAGUGUUUGGUGUGGAAUAUACUGUGACCUCAGCGAAUAUCCAGAGCAUCUUCUCUGGCAAACCCACUAGUACAGUACCACUAGUGGAGCUUGGGCAUUCAAUAAGAGCUGAACUAAAAUUGUAAUGAUAAAUGAAAUAUUUUACGUAUUUUCUAAAGAAAUUGAACCAUCUGAAGGUUUGAACCAAAUGUUUUUUUCUUAUAAGUUUGUUGUAUUUAAAAACUGCUUAAAUCAGUUUUUUCAAGGUCCAUCAUGUGACGUUAGCUUCUCCUCCCACAAAAUCCAGCCGAUUACAUCAGAGAUGGAAGAGAGAAUAAUGAUUCACAUCCUGUUUUUAGUAAAUCAUUCAUUCCCGUGUGUAUUCAGCUUUAAUAAAUGGCCUUUUUAUGUUAUGAUUGUUUCCAAGAAGCAUCAUCCUUCCUACAUGAUGCUAUGUGCAAUACAGACUGAACGGCAGGUCAAAACAUCCAAUGGGGCCUGACAUUAUGAUAGCAUACUGCAACUCUUGGUUCAAUGAAGUGUCUCACUAAAGUUAGUAAUAAAAAAGUAAUCAAGUAGUAUUUAUGCACAUUUGGGCAUCAGACACUCUAAGCAAAAGACAC